AUGGCUCACAUUGCACCCCUGGCUCAGCCCAUUACCCUCAAACUAUCCGGAAAGGUGAUCAAAAAUCGUCUUUAUCGUACUCCUCUCAGUGAAUACGCUUCCACCUACGACGAAGAUAAUGUUGAGAAUUGCGAGCUUGCUGAUGGUGGUGCUGGCCUCAUCUGCACCGGCAACAUCCCAAUUCAUCGCGACAACCUCGAGAAUUACAACAACGCCGUCCUCGAUAUCAACAACCCCUGGGAUCCCGUGGAGGCAUUCCGUCCUGCUGUGCAAGCAGCCAAAUCCCAAGGCGCGCUUUUCCUCCCACAGCUGCAAUUCCCCGGCCGGCAGGUACCCGAAUUUUUGAACGCCAACCCCAAGUCUUCUUCGAACGAGCAAUUGCCACCUUGCUUGAAUAAGACAUACGGGAAGCCGAGUCCGUUGACCAAGGCCGAGAUUGAGGAUUUGAAGAGGCGCUAUGUGUGGGCUGCAGAAGUUCUCGCUAAGGCUGGAGCAGAUGGGAUCAUUCUGCACGCCAGCCAUGGAUACAUCAUGCAGCAGUUCCUGUCUCCUUUGAUCAAUAAACGAACCGAUGAGUAUGGCGGAACCCUCGAAAAUCGCGCCCGGUUCAUCCUCGAAGUCGUAAACGCCAUCAAGGAGAAGCUUCCAUCGGACAUAUUUGUCAUUACUGCUAAGCUGAACUGCCAAGAUUUUAUCGAGGGAGGUACAAGCUUUGCUGAACAGUGUGUCGUCAUCAAGUGGCUUGAGGAUGCGGGCGUUGACUUUUUCGACAUUUCUGGCGGAACUUACGCCUCGCCUGCGUGGAGAGGGAACAUCAUGGAGGAACUUGCAGAGCGACCCUCACAAAAAGAAAGGGGAAGCUACUUCAUCGAAUGGGCCCAAGAGAUGAAAAAAGUAUUAUCGAGGGCCGUGAUUGGCACUACUGGAGGUUGGAGAGAUAGUCAUCGAAUGUCAGAAGCGGUUGAGAAGGGAGAUAUCGACAUGAUUGGACUGGGAAGACCUCUUCGAGAGGAUCCGUUUUUCGUGAACAAGGUACUUCGCGGUGAGGUGAGAAAGAGUAACCUGUAA